GGCCUAAAGGUGGGGGUACAGUCGUUAGGUAAUCUAUUGCAAACCAGUUGUUACUUUUAUAUUCCAAUUUUAAGUUCCUCGUUUGUCGAAUACAUAACGAGUUAAAAUGGUUUCGUGUCGUAUUUGCGGACCAAAACUAUCCAUCUGCUGUACAUUAACUAGCCUUUGGGGAAUAAUUAUGCUGUCGAUUCUUGGAGUCUUAUUCUAUGUCAGAAGUCCGAACCUUGUUGAAGACUUGCCGAUUAAGGAAGAAGAUUUUGAAGACUAUGACAAGGUUAUAGAAGCCUAUCAUACAAAUGCAUACAACUGCUGGAUAGCUGCUGGAUUGUACGUAGUCACAUUGGCCUUCUCUGCUGUGCAAUUCAAGUUGAACAACCAGGCAAGCUACACCGUGUAAUACGCAGAAGCCUACAUUUGAAUACGGAACCCUCAUCCCCCGCAAUGAUGAAGGCAAAUUGUGAUCAAACAAACACUAUACCAUUCUGCCCUUGGGGGCUAGGAUGGAUAACAAUAAUAAAAUUCAUAGUAGUUGUGGAAUAAUUCAACUUCAGUUAAAAUAAAGACUAUUCUGGUAUUGUGAUUAGGCAAAACACUGAACUUUAUUGCUUAUUGCUUGUGGUUUAUUAUGUUAUUUUAUGAAUAUAAGUAUUUCUGUGUGAUGCAAUCUGCAUAGAGUACUUAGACUAAUUUGUGAAGGCUGACGUGUCACCAUUUAAAUCACAAUUAACGUAUAUUUUCUUAUUCAUUAAUGUCCUUUUUUUCCUGUAUUCUAUUCCAUUAUCCUCCAUUCCCUAAAAAAUGUCAAAUACAUUUUGGAUAAAAUUGUUAUCCAUCAUGCAGUUUAGAUUGCUGAGUGAAGGCUGGUAAUGAUGUGUAUCACCUAGAUGGAUCUAUGAUGACAUAGUCUAUGAUACCAGCAGUUGAAGAUCAGGUUACAAAAAUUUCGAUGCCAAACUCUGUGCCCAAAAAGUCAGUUUAUAACAUGUGAUUACAAUCACCUAAUUAAUGACGUUUGGUGUCAACCAUUUGGUGUUUUAGAUAGAAACAUUUCACCAUGUUCAAACUUGUAUGAUCAAGCAAUCAGUUGGCAUAACAAAUAAUAUGAUUCUACUAUCCCUGCACACUGUCACAGCUAUUUAUGUACAGGAGAAUGUCAUAAGAAAGUUUUGUUGCAAGCUCGCUAGCUAAUAGUUGUGUUUCUGCAUAACUGUAUAAAUUGAAUUGUAAUUGGCUAAUUGCUACAAAUUGAACCGGUCCUAUUUAGAGUGGGAUAAUAUUUUCGUGAGAAUAUAAUAAGUGUUUAUUUGUGUUCGGUACUACAUUAAUUAAUCUAUGUAUCUCUCCAAUAUCAUAGAAUGCAGGCCAUUGGUCUUGUGUUAUUGUUUCGCCCAGAGAGGGCAUAGCAAUGACGUUAAAAUGUAUUGCCUCGGUCAUAUGACAUGUUGUAUUGGUCACUAGUAUUGUUGUGUAGAAACCGUGACCGUGACUUUGACAUUUCUGUUCACUGGCUGAGUGUUUGACAAGGUUUCAUAUGAACAAAAUUGAUUCUUCAAAUGAAUUGAGUGUUGGUAAAUAGUAUAGACUUUAGGGGUAUGUAUUUCUGGAUACUUUCUUUUACAUUUUAACAAUUUGUAAUGGUCACUUUUACAGUGUUCAGUCAAUACUAAACAUAUUGACAUCCAUGUACAUAGUCUUAGAUGUCUGUGUUAGGUGUAAAAUAAUGAAUAUCUAAAGUGUUUUGUUACAUAAUAUAAUAUGAAGUCAAUUAUAUAGUUUUCUUUUGUUAUGACAUUAAUAAGAAUAAAUUAACAAGGCAGUUAUUAAUGUAA